AUGAACAACAUGAUGCAGAGGCUCAUGCAGGACCAGAAUAGGCAGCAGCAGGACCCGAUCCCGAACAUGCAGUACUUCGCACCCGGUGGAGGUCAAGCGGGGGCAACCACCAUGGGCCAGGGGCCUGCAGCAGGAACCCAGGCACCUGCAGCAGCAACCCAGCAGGCACCCGCAGGGGCAUCUGCAUCGGUCCAGCAAACAGCACUUGUGGCGGCAACGAAUGCAUCAGCUGGUGUCUCGCCGGCAGUGCAGUUGGAGAUGAGUGAUCCUGAAAACGACGAGGCCGACGAGGCAGAAGUGUUGAGGCAGGCUGGGCUCGUUGCAGAUGCAGUCAACAAGAAGAAGGGGAUUCUUAAGAAGCCUGCAGGCUUGCCCAAGGCCGUUGCAAAGGCCAGUGCAAAGGCCAGUGCAAAGGCCAGUGCAAAGGCCAAAGCAGUACUGAAGGAAGUGGCUGCAUGCCCUGAAGUCCUUGACUCAGCCUCCCGGCGAGGCAUCAAAAGGGCACGGGAUUCCGAGCUGGAUGCAGAGACUCCUCAUGGCCCUUUGGUGGCCAAGAUUACAGUACCUGUGGAGGUGAAGAGCCGAAAGGCAGCUGGAGACGAGGAGGUGAAGAUCGUGCCGACAGAGCUGCCGAUCCUCAACCUGAUGGCAUGGAUAUGGCAUGUUUGCCAGUCCAUGCCUGGUGUAGCUGCCUUUUUCCAAAGGCAGCUAUCGAAGUACCCGUGCACAGCAACCAGCCCAUGGCGAAUGGCUUUAUACAAUGAUGAGAUUAGUCCUGGCAACCAGCUAAAAGCCAGCAACACCAGGAAGAUCCAAGGGUACUACCUCAGUUUUCUCGAGUUUGAUGCUGAAGGCCGAUGCCAAGAAAACCUUUGGUUUCCUUUGAACUUGACUCGGUCUUCGGUGGUGAACAAGAUCCAAGGCGGGCUGUCUGCACUCACCCACAUUCUGGUCUCCUCGGAAUCGUUCCUGAACCUCCAGUCGGGCUGUUUGCUGAACAUGCCAACCGGGGAACGGGUCAUGUUCUUCGCGAAACUGCAUACUGUAGUUGCAGACGAGGCAGCUUUGAAGUCUAUGUACGACUUCAAGGGCUCCAGUGGGACUUUGGUUUGCCCGCUAUGUGCCAACAUAACAAGCAAGACCCACGGUGAUCUGCCAGCAAAUGACCACUCGGGAGAAUUGCAUGACAUAUCAUGCAUCGACAGCAAUCUGUUUGUCCGCAGAACCGACAAUCAGAUCUUCACUGCACAGGCACUGCUGGCGAGAAGGCAACCCAUGCUGAGCAAAAAGGAUUUUGCCUUGCUGGAGUCCAGCAUGGGGUUGAACUUUAACCCAUCUGGAGUGCUUGCUCACAAAAGCAUGCCGCUUGUGAAAUGCUUGAUGUGGGAUUGGAUGCAUUGUUAUGUGGUAAGCGGCCUCCUGCACGUGGAAUUGAGCUUACUCUUGCCACUCUUGCAUGUGCAGGGUGCAACAUUUCAGGUGAUCCAGAGCUUUAUCUCAGAGUACGAAUGGCCUCACAACCUGAAGAACCGGAGAAGAGAAAUCUUGCAUUUGUUCGACAAAAGGAGCAAACCUUCUGAGUUCAAGGCCGGGGCUUCGCAGUGCAUCACUGUCUAUCCCUUGCUGCGGCUUUUCUUGCUGACUCAUCACUUUGACACAAUGGACGACGAACUUCGGCGAUGCAUCAGAUCCUUUAUGAAGAUUUGUAUGGUUCUCGACCUCCUGCUUGAAUGCAAUCGGACUGGGAACCUGUCGCCGGACGAGCUCGAGAAUGCGAUUCGGGCCCAUAGCCAAGCUUUCCUUAAAGCAUAUGGAGAGCAGCACUGUAUACCGAAGUUCCACUACAGCCUCCAUCUUCCCCUGAUGGCUCGAGACAGGCCUCUGAUUUCCUGUUUUACACACGAACGAAAGCAUCGGCAAGUGAAGCAGUUUGCUGACAACACGAAGAAAGUGACCGACUGGUUCGAAGCUUCACUCUUUAAAGAUGUUUUGGGCAGGGCUCUUCUGGAUCUGUCUGAGCAUGCUGGCUUCAUGCGGCCCCAUUUGAAGUCCCCCAAGUCUGUCACUGAUGGCACUUUGCUGUGGCACCUGGGGCAGACAUUCGGGUUUCAGACUCUUGAGCAUGUGCAGUCGGCCAUGCAGGCCGAGGUCUGCCCAGGACAGACUUGCGAGAGGGGUGACCUGGUGCUGCUUAAGACGGGGUCCGUUGCAGAGGUGUGGUUGUUUUGCCGGUUGCAGCAUGGCGAGCUCCUGGCUCUGUUGAGUGUGCUUGAGCCACAAGGGAAGAAUCUCUUCCGGGUCAAGCAGGACGGAGCCCAGUUCAUGCGAGUGGCCGAGAUCAGUCGAACCUGCCUCUUCAAACGCAUGAGUGCAGACAGCAUGCUGGAGAAGGACGCUGCUGUGCACGAUGGUGGCCAGGCGGACUCCUUCAUCCAGCUUGAGCCCGAGGUCGGUGUGAUGUGCGCCAUUGAGCUUCCCAUCCCAGAGAACGAGAAUCAGUGGAAGCGCCUUCGACGAGAUCCCACGGUGUGGAUGGCGAAAGGGCUGCGGAAGCAGGAAGUUCGAUACGGCCGCCUGGACCCAAAGGCCAAGGAACAGUUUGACAGCGCAAAGCAGACCGAAGUCAACCAGUGGAUCCGAGAAGCAGCGGCACGCCGUGUUCAGGGCCGCAUUGCUCCGGAUCGUUUGAUGUCCAUGCGCUGGGUACUCACGUGGAAAGACUCGGGAGCAGCUAAGGCAAGAAUAGUCAUUGUCGGGUACCAGGACCCGGACCUGGCGACGCUGGUGAGCAGCAGUCCGACAAUGAGCAGAAGGACGCGACAGUUGGUGUACCAGCAAGCUACGCUGCGCAACUGGAAGACCAUGAAGGCUGAUGUUCGGGCCGCGUUCUUGCAGACGGCUCCGACUCAGAUGUCACGGUGUGUCUUUGCGCGACCUGUGCCAGAGCUCGCGAAGGCUAUGGGGCUAGCAGAAGGCGAAUGUGUUCAAAUCGCCAAGGCGUGCUAUGGCCUCGUAAAUGCCCCGGCCGAGUGGUUCCGUGACAUCAACCGUACGCUGACUUCGCUUGGAAUGGUCCAGCUCAAGACGGAGCCCUGCUGUUGGAAGUUUGUGAAGUGGACUAACGGUGUACCCCGCCUGGUCGGACUCAUAGCAGCCCACGUUGACGACUUUGUCAUCGCGGGAGAUGAGGAGGACGCCGAAUGGCUCGACAUCGUGAAUCGCUUCUAUCAGAGCUAUCGGUGGAGCCCGUGGGAGGUUGUUGACUACAACCACUGCGGCGUGGUCAUCAAGGAGGGACACCGCGAGGUGAUCAUGGACCAGGCGAAAUACUGCUCCCAGAUCGACGAGAUCAAGUACGAAACCCGGGAUGAGGACUGCUUAGCCUCAAGCGAAGAAGUUGCCCAGCUCAGGGCGGCCUUGGGAGCAUUGCAGUGGCGUGCUUACAGCACGGCACCGCAGCUGAUGGUGCAGCUGAGCAUGCUCCAGUCGUGCGUCAACAAGGCCAAGGUUCUCACGUCCAGCCAGCAAAACACGUUGGUGCGAGAGGCUUUUCAUGGCCGCUUCUUGCGCAUGAAAGUUACUGGCCUCGACGGCAUUCAGCCAGAGGACGUCUGCUUUGUGGCGUGGUCCGACGCUGCGGUCGGGAACAGGCCAGACUUUGGAAGCACAGGCGGGCACAUUGUGUGUGCUACUACGCCUGCCAUGCUUCGUGGUGAGCAUGCCGCCGUCACUCCUGUGAGCUGGCGCAGUGCGAGAUUGAAGAGAGUGGCGCGCUCGUCUUUGGCGGCAGAGGCUCAAGCCGCUUCUGAGGCGGAAGAGGAGCUGAUGCUGAUUAGGCUUCAGUGGAAGGAGAUGUUGGGCUACAACGUCGACCUUCAGAACCCCGGGAAGGAGAUCCAGGCGAUCCCCGGCGUCCUUGUGACCGACGCCAAGAGCUUGUACGACGUGCUGCUGAAGGAGGACCUCAACUCAGCGGCUGGCGGUCUGAGUGAGAAGUACAGUGCUCUCGAGCUACUGUCUCUGAGCGAACGUGUUCGAGAAGGCAAGACCUCUGUUCGCUGGGUCAACAGUGACGCUCAGGUUGCAGACUCACUCACCAAGCCAACCAAGCCAGGAGCCCUUCACCAACUGUUGCAGACGGGACGUUGGCGCCUCUCUUACGACCCCAACUUCACGAGUGCCAAGCGCCUGAAGCAACAGCUGAAGUGA